CACAGUGCCUUCCGAACAGUCGUGGUAUUCGUACGUCGUGUGAUGGUAGUCUCUCCGGGGGACUUUCGUGUGUGUGUGUGUGUGUGUUGUCUGUGGGCUGCCUUGCUGAACGGUUUGUUCUAUUAAUAGAAAUAUAUAACUCUGUGGCUGAGUGAAUGCUAUUGUCUGGAGCUGUAUUGAAAACGUGAUGGAGUGAUCUUGAUUCGCUCAAACUGAAGUUCGUGACUGACCACUGAAAUAAAAUCUGGAUUGUGUACGCACUUGGGUAAAUGGUCCACCUGCUCUAGAAGAUCUAGAAAGACUAGGUACCGAUCUAGAAAGACUAUAGGUACCGCGAGGAGAUUCUUUGAUAAUGUACUCGAGUGGAAAAAGGGAAUGCUUGAUUGAAAAUUAGAAAAAAAAGCUUCACUGAUUUGUAAAAAAAAUUAUAUUGUUAACUAUAGAACAGUCUUGAAUGAACCAGAAAAACAAUCAUUAAUAGUAUGAAAAGGCUCCACUGAACAGGAAAAACUGAAAAUAUAUGAUUGGACAAAAAAAUAGAAGUAGUGUUAAAACUUCACUUUUAUCUAAAUAUUACCAGAAAAAGCGCGAAUUGUGACUCCAUCACCAACAUUCACCAGCGACUUUCCUUAGAGAAAGCGACUCUGCAGUGAUCGACCAACAGCAGCAGCAGACGACGACGUCGACGACGACGACCCCUGAGUUGCCAUGAAGCCCUACGGCCUGCUGCUCCUGCUGGGGGCUGUUUUCGCCACAGCCCUGGCCCUACAGACGCAGGGCAAGGCAGGAAACGCCAACGUUCGCAACAACAAUAACAAUAAGAUUAGAGCUGGCGAGGAGGAAUUCCACAAGUCCAGGAAGCAGACUUACAGGAAGGUGAAGAAAGGGUCGUCUUAUACGCGGGUUCCUUUCAUCGACAAAGAAGACCAAGACUUCUGGAACAGCAACGCGCAGCUGGAGCUGCAGAACCAGCUGAAGAUCUUCCAGCAGAAGAGGCAGGCGAAGAACGUGAUUCUGUUCCUCGGGGACGGCAUGUCCACGGCGACGGUCACAGCCACCAGGAUCCUCAAAGGGCAGAGGAGUGGCCGGUGGGAGAGAGAGCUCAUGGAAUGGGACACCUUUCCACACAGCGCCCAGAUCAAGACCUACACGACAGACAGCCAAGUAGCAGACAGCGCUGCCAGCGCCACAGCCUACCUCUGCGGCGUCAAGGGGAAUUUGGGCACCAUAGGGGUCGACGUCAAUGUCAACAAGGAGAACUGUUCUGCCCAGCAGGAUUCCACCUUCCACACCGAUUCCAUCGCCAAGUGGUUCCAGGACGCCGGAAAAUCUACGGGUCUCGUCACAACCAUGAGGGUCACCCACGCCACGCCCGCGGGAGCCUACGCCCACAUCGCCGACAGGGAGUGGGAGGACGACCACGAGAUCGCAAGUGACGGCCACGAUGCUGGAGGCUGCGAUGACAUUGCAGAACAGCUCAUACUGAACGAGCCUGGGCGCAACUUCAAGGUCAUCCUGGGAGGAGGCAGACGAGUCUUCCUGCCCUCGACCGAAUCGGACGUCGAGGAGAAAUUCCGCAAGGGCUACAGGCAGGAUGGCAAGAACCUCAUCAACACGUGGCUCAACAACAAGCAGAGGCAGGGGUCGAGGGCGUCCUACGUCUGGAACAAAGCGGAUCUCCUCGCCCUCGACACUGCCAACACCGACUACCUCCUCGGCCUCUUUGCAUACAGUCACAUGGACUACCUAGUGGAGAGAGAUACCUCCAUGGACCCCAGCCUCCCCGAGAUGACCAAGGCGGCCAUCGAAGUCCUGCAGAAGGACAACAACGGGUUCUUCCUUCUCGUAGAAGGAGGCCUGAUAGACCACGGCCACCACGGCAACAAGGCCAUAAAGGCCCUGACGGAGACCCUGGAGAUGGACGAGGCCGUGCAAGUGGCCAAGAGGAUGACCAACGCCGCCGACACGCUGAUCGUGGUCACGGCUGACCAUUCCCACACCAUGACCAUCAACGGAUACCCUACCAGGCACACCGACAUUCUGGGUCUUGGCGAUUACAGCGACGAUGACUACAUGCCCUUCACGACCAUCCUUUACGGUAACGGGCCGGGCUAUCGCCCGUCCAUCAACGGGCACAGACCCGACCCCUCAGAAGACAACUUGCAUGACGUCAACUACAGGCAAGCCGGAGCAGUACCCAUCAACUCAGCAGCUCACGCCGGAGAAGACGUAGGCCUAUGGGCGUCCGGUCCCUUUUCGCACCUUUUCACGGGCGUCUACGAGCAGAACUACAUACCCCACGCCCUAGCGUACGCGGCAUGCGUGGGGAAAGGCCUCACUUUCUGUGGUAAUAACGGAGGCAGACGGUCGUUUAACAGGAUAAACCGUAGCCGAGGUGCAAGACGUUGGACGCCGCUAGGCUGAUGAUGUUAGGGAGAUUAAAAAACCCGCCAAAUAUACGAUGUUGACAAACCAACUGUGAAAAAAAAAAUAACCUUCAUCGUGCCAUUAUUGUUACGGGUUUUCCUCCUACCUUCUUAUCACUUUUCAGAGAUUCUUUACAGAUAUUUUUAUAUAUUUAUAUUAUUCUGUGUUUGCCUUAUGUGAGAAAGUCUUAAGGAUGCGUCACGCUAGUACGUUUUCUGGCAUCUUUCAGCGACAAGGCAUCAAACUUCGUACCAACUAUAUUUUUUAAAGCAAAUUAUGUACAUUGAAAACUGCGUCUGUUCAUUAUAGAGAUGCCACACCAGCGUGAGCUUGAAUAACUUUUUUUCCCACCAGUUUACGCUAUGAAGACACAAGAUCAGAGGUUUAAAUCAAUCAAUUCUUGGCUGGCUAGUACUACAAAGUUUGGCAGAAAGAUGCUGAAAAAUGGUAGAAAACCUGCUUUUGUGACGCUGUACUUAGUUGUUGUAACGUCAUUUGCCGCUUUAGUUUUGGGGGAAUUAGCUGUGCAAAAUACUGGAACACUUCUGUCUGAAUUUUUCGAGAAAUUUUGAGUUGUUUAAAUGCGUUUUUUUUCCUCACUCUCUCCUUAGCUUUCAUUUCCUUCUCUGUGCAGGAAACCCGGUUUGAAACUGUCGCUUAUAUAAUAUAUAAAUGUAAUUUAUUUAUAUCUAUAAAAUAAUUAAAUGAU